CCACGCGUUUUUUCUCCCUCCUGCCUCGUCCCUCCUCCUCUUCGCGUGGAUAGGAUCCGGGUCGGUUUUGGUUCAGGCCGUUCUGGCUUGGGCCUGCGCGCCCGCACGCCCGCGCAUGUGCUGGGGCAGAGGCUGUGGCUAGAUGGUGGCGGCUGGCCUGGGUCUGACAGGCAUGCGGUCGGAGUCGGCGAGUAGACGGCUCCGCCGACCGCGCUUGCAUGAUGCCCGUGCUGCGUCGCGCGUGCCGCCUGCUGCCCACAGCCCGGAGGUGCUCAGCAUAGCGGAGCUUAACGUCAUCGAGGUUGAUAUCGAUGCUUGCUGGCUCUCCCCUGCGACACUUACGCAUGCCGCCUGUGAGGAUCACAACGGCUGCGAGCAACACGAGAGCGACUCUGAAGAGUGCGAGCUGGACGGUGAGCAGCACGAGACCAGAACUGAAGAGCUCGAGCAGGGUUGCGGUCCGACGGUGAAGACGCUGAGGGGCCACGACGGAUUCGAGCAGUCCUGGGGUCAGACCAUGAAGACUCCCACGUGCACGCUUCAGGGCGACGUCGGGAACGAGCGGGAGUAUGCGGGCAGACGCCGCUGAAGCGCGAGGGCACGCUGAAGAGUAACGACGAACGCCAACAUCAGAGUCUAUGUGGACAGGCGCUGAGCACGCCGACGGGCGGACCCGGGGGCGACGGCGAGCACGAGCAGAAUACCAGGCAGACGCUGAUGGGGAGCCCAGUGACGGGCGACGUCGAUGAUGUGCGCAACUGAAAGGACAAACGCCACGAACUGAUUGCGCUGCGAAGGGCGCGCCUGGCGGCAGAGGUCCAGGAUUCGGUGCACGAUGGCGCGCACAUGAUCAUUGCAGUCUGUCAGCUUCAGUGUGCGCGUGAUGGCGGCGCUACGCUGUAGGAGCGCGGUGGAGAUCGUCGAGGUCGGGCCGGACCUCAUCCUCCUCGUCCUCGCCACGGAGGGCUUCAAGGAAUUCGGCGGCCACGGCGUGUUGUCGACCUUGCGGGCGGCGCUGGGGGGUCGUCGCCCUUUGUGGCUCCCUCUGCUUUCUCAGUCUGUUUCGAAGCCGGUUCGUGUCAUGUACUAUGCUUCAUGCGCUUCGUGUGCAUUCGGUCAGCCCCUUCCUCGCUAAGGUUCGUGGUCGUUCCUGGCCCACUGAGAUCUAGGCUUCCGUGUUAUACUGCCGCUUUAAAUGCUGGGCGCCGUUUCGGUUCCCAGAUGUUCCCCCCCUCUUUUUUAGUUUGUGUGUUUUUGCUCGGGUUGGUGUACCCCGUCCCCGCGGAAGACAAUUUGCUGGAUGUUGUGGGCGUCUGCACAGCGGGGUCGAUGCACGCGUUAUGGGGUGCGCUCGUCGUAGAAGGAGCCUGGCACACACCUGAUUCGUUUCUUGCGCGUUUUCUAUGAGGAAUCAUUCCCACUUGGCAGUGAUGCGCCCGGAUUCCCGCGGCGCGCGCAGUGGCGAUGGGAUCGGCAAUCCGCUUGUUGCGCCGCGAACGAAAACCGGCGGUCGGACUCGAGGCGGGGCGAAGCCCGUCCACCCGUGACGAACGUGUCUAAUGGCAGUCUCAAGAUAAUAUCACAACGAACACGAAUUCACGAAUUCAUGCACGCACUCGUCCGCAGCCGCAGCCAAAUCAUGGCCAUGCCCGGCUCGCUGCGCGGACCGGCGGGACACACGUCCGUAUCCGCGGCCUCGCGGGCCGAGCCCCUGGGCCGCGACCCCGCGGCGCACGGGGCCUGCUCGUGCGCAUGUCCCGCGCGGAACGUCGCCGUGCGGCCACCUGUCCGCGGGGGGCGCGCCCCCGAGUGCAGAUCGC